AUGGAAGGAGGUCGACCUAAUAAUAGAAGAAAUAAUGACUCAAAAUAUUUUAGAAGAAAAGUAGUUUUUGUUGACCCCGAUGAUCCCACCGCACCUCAUUGGUGGCCAGCAAUGGUUGUCCCCUUAAAAGAAAUCGAAAUCUUUAAACAAAAAAUGGAUUCCGAUGUUAAAUAUCCUUCCAAAGGAGAAAAUCUAGUUUGUUAUUUUGAAGAUGGAUCAUUUUCGAUUGUAGCUGAACAAGAUUUAUUACCAUUUGAUCCUAAUAAUAAACCUUAUAUUACCUACAUGGAAGGACCCAAUUCAACAAUAUUUCAAAAAGAUAAAGCAGUUGCUUUAGCCACAUUAUAUUUUGAAAAAGGAAUAAUUCCACCUUCAUUUAAAGAAGAAGAGAAAAACUCCAAAUAA